GAAUAUCCUACACUGCAAACAUGGAUGCUGGCAUACCAAGCUCUGGGAGUUGUAUAUGGAGACCUGGGAACAUCCCCUGUCAACACUUUCUCUUCCACGGCCAUCACAAACCUUAAUGAAGACGACCUAGUAGGUGUCCUAAGCCUCAUCUUUUGGACUAUGACAUUACUCUGUCUGGUCAAAUAUGUGUUCAUAGUUCUUCAUGCCAAUGAUCAUGGAGAAGGUGGUACCUUCGCUCUGUACUCGAUUAUCCGGCGACAUAUAAGUUUUCACAGCAGACUCACGUUUCAGAACACAAGGUUGGAGUCAGUUGGAAACCUGACGUAUUACCGGCCUCCGGGGAGUCCUCUCCGAUCAAAGACUAAGAAGUUCUUGGAGAGAAGCUCGUUGCUCAGAAUCUUCUUACUUUUGUUGUGUUGCUUGGAACUUGCAUGGUCAUUGGCGAUGGGGCACUCACUCCUGCAACUUGUGUUCUUCCAGCUCUUCAAGGAUUAA